AUGGACUCACUUCUCGCAUUUCAUAAACUCAUGGAUAAAGGGAAAGAAAUGGUUCUCACAACCAAAAGCUUAUCUGUGUCCGAAGAUAACUCUCGUCGUAAUCUCGGAAGCUCAAUUGAGAAGGGUUCAUCUUCUGGAAAGGCACCAGACAUCUCAGAAUUCUACUCACUUGUGCAACUUACACCACUUCUGAAACACGAAGAUAGAUAUCGUGCAUUAUACGCUGGUGCUAAAGCCAAAGUCAUGGCAGAACUAGAUGACAUGGAGAGACGUGGUCUCUCUAGAGAUGCAAUGGGGACGGAUCACGAAAUAAUCAUAGCAAAAGUGUUUGCUCAUGAGAUCCGAAAGAAGGAGUAUUUUGAGAAUGCACGAAAGAAGAAGACUGGUUAUGACAAGCAGAAGGCAUCAGAGCUGGGAAUUCCUAUUGAGUUGGUUAAAGCCAAAAGGAAGUCAAGAACUCCAAAGGCAUCAGAAGAUGAUCAACCUAAGCCCAAACGUCAAAAGAGAGAAAAACGUCCCUCUCGGGUUAAAGGAAAGAACACGGUGGAUGUACAACCGUUACCAACGCCUCCAAAAUCUCCUCAAGAGACGAAAAAUCCAUCUCCACCUCCUCCAUCACCAGAACCAAUCAUUGUGAAAGACUCUUCCGAAGAAGACAAUUUGAUUUUAUCAAGGCUCGGAAAAAGAGGUCGCUUUCGUUCAACUGUGAAAAUAAAGCAUGACACCUCUCCGAAGAUGGACGAGAUACCGAAAUCAGCACAAACGAAAGAAGUAAUUCUGACACAAGAACCUGCGUUGGUAGACGAGACAACUGUGGUACCAACAGUGAACGCGACUAUCCCGAAAGAAGCAGCACCAAUUCCCGAAGCAACUGUUCCACUUCCAACACGAGAUCAAGUGCUCCCAGAAUCCAUUGAAAGUGAUUAUCAGCGUGUAUUGCAGUGGCAAAAGUGGCGUACAGCUCCCCUAGGUACAUUCAUUGAAACCUUUGAAGCCAUGCAAGACGAAGAACAGUUUGCCCUACAGUGGAUUGGCAUAGAAGAUGUCUACAAAGCACUUCGACUUGAAGAAAUAAGUCGAGUUUUCUCCUACAAAAUGACCAAUCGCACUCUUGGAAAGGACAAAGCUCCAAUCUGCAUUGAACUCAAGAAACCACCUUUGGAUCCAGCUGUUGAAGAAGAGAUGAAGCAACUCCGCUAUGCAUUAUUGCUAUCAAAAAUCAAAACCACUUUAGAAAAGGAACAUCAGAAUGAUCCGAAUUGCAAUACCAGUGGCUCGAAAGAUGAGCUGGGACGAGAAAUUGAGGAAGACGAAAGUAAUGAGGAUGAGGAAAAUGAAGAUAAUGAUGACAAAGAUGUCGAAGAUGCAGAUGAUGAGCAUGAUGAUGAUGAUGAUGAUGAUGACAACAAUGAUGAUGAUAAUAUGGGAAAUAAUGUCACCAAAGAAGCUGAGCCCGAUUAUGACAGUCAAUCCCCACUAUUGAUUGGCCCUGAUUAUGAAACAUAUCCUCAAAGUUCCCCUUUGAGAAAGUUGUCAUCUGACAGUGAUGAAACAAGGGAAGCAUCACACCAAGCUAAGCAGAUUCUAUCUGAUCAUCCCGAAGACAUGUCUCGUGCAAUAGUGCCGCACUUUCCUCCCAUGGACGAGACUCCAAUCAAAUGA